AUGUCGAAUCGAUCGAGUAUACCCGUCGCAGAGGAAUGCUUCUCUGCAUUCAACCAGCUCCGAUCCGGCCCAGAAGCUACCAGACCGAAGUUCAUCAUCUGCAAGAUCUCCGACGACAACAAGAAGAUUGUACUCGAGGAAGCAUCCACAGAGAAAGAUUGGGACCUCUUUCGCAUGAAGCUGUAUUCUGCAGUCGAUAAAGAUGGGGACCCGGCUCCUCGGUAUGCCAUCUACGACAUGGAGUAUGAUCUUGGGAGCGAAGGGAAGCAGACCACGACCGUUUUCAUCGACUGGAGUCCUUCCUGCGUGCCUCUCAAGAUGAUCUCGCUAUAUCUUAACAAUCGGGAGAAAUUGACCAUACCUUUCGAUCUCAAAAUAUCAAUUGAUGCAGACUGCUUGAUGGACCUCGAACGGGCGAUUGUCGUGGAACAGGUCAGUGAGGAUGUCCGUGGGCUGGGUACGAGGAAAUGA